AUGACGUCCACUCAAUCUACUCAAAAUGGCAAACAGGCAGUCUUCAGAGCCCUCUUCCGUAAGAAGAACUCCUCCCCCCCAAGCAGUGAAAUAACCAACACCGACGAGCCAUCACCCUCAUCAACAACCCUAGAAACAUUCAAGGACCAACAAUCCAACAUCCUCCCACACAAUAAACUAAUGAUCGUCUUCCCAACCAUCGCCCUAGCCCAAAUGAUUUCUUACCUAGACCAAACCUGCGUCUCAACCGCAGUGCCCGCAAUCGGGGAAUCCCUCAACAUGGGGCCUUCCAUCUCAUGGAUUGCGACCAGUUUCUUGCUCGCGAGUACCAGUAUCCAACUCGUUAAUGGGCGGUUGAGUGAUAUCGUGGGCCGGAAGCCUCUUUUACUGAUAUGCAUGGGUAUUCUGGCGGGUGCGAAUCUGUGUGCUGGGUUUGCGCAGAAUGCGGCGAUGUUGUUUGCUUUUCGGUCUAUUGCUGGGUUGGGUGGAGGUGCCAUAACCGCCCUCGUAAUGAUAAUAGCAAGCGACAUCACAACCCUCGAACAACGCGGAAAAUACAACGGCUUCAUCGGCGCUAUGGUCGGCUUGGGCAAUGGUAUCGGACCCCUGAUAGGCGGCGCGUUGACGCAGCACGCUUCGUGGAGGUGGUGUUUUUGGUUCAUUGUCCCCGUUAUAGUGGUCGUGAUGGUUGUGAUUGCGAUUGUCAUUCCGCCGUCUACGGUUCGGGGCAAUGCGUGGACGAAGUUGAGGAUGCUUGAUUGGCUGGGGUUGGUGAUGAAUAUCCCCAUCUCCCAAGGAGGCUCAACAUAUCCAUGGGACGGCACCUUGGUGAUAGCCAUGCUCACCAUCAGCGGCCUCCUUAUUAUCACCUUUGUGCUCGUAGAAUGGAAAUUUGCAAAACUCCCCAUGAUGCCUAGAAGUCCGCCUCUUCCAAAGCGACAAUCCGCAAACCUAGUCUUUCUCCAAGGCACCCUGCACGGCGUCGUCUACUGGGCAAACCUCUUCUAUAUCCCCAUGUAUCUCCAAACGGUCCGCGGGUACAGUCCUAUCUUGUCUGGCGCAAUUAUCUUGCCCAUGGUAGCAUCCCACGGCGUCGGAUCGUUGGUUUCAGGCCAUAUAAUCUCAAAGACGGGCCAUUACGGGCCAUUACGGGCCAACGAUCAUCUUUUCGAACUGUGUUUGGGGAUUGGGAUUGGGGGUGCUUUCCAGCCUGGAUUGGUUGCCCUACUAGCACACUCCAGAAAAGCAGAUCGAGCAGUCACAAACUCUCUGCGGAAUUUUCUGCGUAUCCUCGGUGGCUCCGUAGGCUUGACUAUCUCCGGCACAAUCCUAAACAACACCCUCAAGACCCAGCUCCGAAACACCCUACCCCUCGAUGUAAUCAACACAAUAACAUCCUCCGCCUAUUCGCUAUCAUCCAUUAAUCUGUCCCCCAAUCAAUACGAGAUGGUUAUGGACGCGUAUAUGGCCGGUAUGCAUACAAUAUUCGUCAUGUAUGCGCCUAUUAUUGGAGUAUGUUUUGUAUGUGCGGUUUUGAUUAGGGACGAAGGAGUGGCAGAGAAGGAUGCUAGGGCUCCUGUUGAUACUUCCAGCCGUGCUGAUGAAGGAAGAGGUAGUGAGAAGAAGGGGGUUAGGGAUGGGGGCGAGGGUUCAAUGGUUAAUAGUCCUUCUGUAGGAAGACAGGAACGGGUGUGA